AGACCGCCUCCGUCCGCCCCGCGUUCCCCCUUCGCUUCCCCCCCCCCGCCGGUUCUUCGAGCCGGAGCAAGACGUGCAAGAAAAUGAGGAUCGUGUGGCCCUGCCUCGUCCUGUCGCUUUUAGGUUGGAGCCAUUGCAGCGGCUUUAACACCCAGGAACCGCAAACGGAAGUUCUUCCUCCAAAAAAUGUUACUGUAAAAUCAUAUAAUGAUAAGAUCUCUGCAUACUGGGAUUAUGAAAGCCCGUCCUUAAAACCUCUAUUUACGGUGCAGAUCACAUGCUAUAGCACUGGUGCUAUUAAGGAAGUUGAUACUUGCAUAAACAUAACGCAACACUAUUGUGAUCUUACCAACAAGACUGAUAACUGCGAAACUUUCUGGGUAAAAGUGAAAGCUCUUUCUGGAAAACACCAAUCUAACUUUAUUGAACAAAAAUUUGAUGUUCUCAGGGAUGGCCAAAUAGGACCUCCAAAGUUCAAUCUUUCCAUUAAUAAUCAGGACAUAGUAGUCGACAUUGAACCACCCUUAUUUCCAUACCUGAUUCAGGAAUUCACCUACAAAUUGUUUGUUGUGAAAAAUGGAAACCCAAAAGAGCAACAAGAAGUUAUUGUAGACGACGAGUGCUAUCUUGAGACAUGCAAUGUAUCUCUGUCUGUUUCUUUGGAUACCUCUUACUGUAUUUCCACUCAAGUCUUUUCAUCAUCACUAACAAAGGUUGGUGAAAAAUCAGAAGAAAAAUGCAUCUCACCAACUCCCAAGUCCCGGCUAGGCUUUAAACUUUUGAUAAGUUUUGGAACUGUUGCCCUGGUUAUUUUGGCAUUCAUUCUUAUUGUAGUCCUUAUAAAAUUUCAGGAGAGAAAAAUUACGCUUCCAAAAUCUCUGGUGGCUGUGGUAAGAAACCAAGUAAGUAAUGCUGAAUGUAAGUCAGAAUGCAGAUAUGACAUUAUAACAUCAACAUCCUACAAGCCAAUGGAACCGUGUGAAGAUGAAAAACCAGCAGAGAAAUUAGAUGUCGCUGAGAAGGCAAAAAUCACUGAUCCCAAUUACAGCAAAGACCUAGCUAUCGAUUGUUCCCAAGGAAUCCAGAAAGGAGAAAGGAGCACCCAAGAAGAUAUAGCUGUAGAAACCUCUGAAAAUGAACAGAUUCAUGAAGACGGUAUCGCAGAUUACUCUAAAUCGAUCACUGGCCAAGACACAUGUCCUGAUCUUCAAAAUCUGGAUCUUCCCAGAGCAGAUGUUAUAAACCUAAAACCCACUGUCCUAAGGUGCUCACUAAAACUAUCUGGGUAUGACAAACCCCACUGGGUUGACAGAAGUUCUAGAGAUGAAUUCUGAUGACUCUCCAAAAAUUGGGAAAACCAUAUUUACUAUGAAAGAGCAUUAUUGGAAACUUCAUCAGAAGCAUCCAUAACCAUGCUUGUGAGCACUUUAAACCUUGCAGUAGAGUGGGUAUUCAUAUAGCUUGAUGGUAUGAAACCUGAGAUGAGAACUUAUAGAUGCCAAAGGACUGAAUUAAAGCUACACUUCUAUAGAUAUUUGGUAAAAAAUAAGUCUUAUUGUAUUCACUCCAUUUUGAAUAGAUAUUCGUAAGAUUCUAUUACAAUGAUUUCAUGAUAUGCCAAGAUGCUGCAUUGCCAAGAAGCUGGUAUUUUCUAAAUAUGUUAUAAUAUAAAUCCUAUAAUUCUUUGUCUUGAUUAUUGUUUGCUGGUGGGCUAGAAUGGCUGGAGAGCACUAUUCUGCCCUUUGUUCUCAGAGCAGUUACUUUUAUCCUGCCAAAAGUAUGAUGAUGUUUAAAGAUAGGGGGAUUAACUGACAAGAGGCUUCUGUCCAUACUGGUCAGUGGAAGAGACUGUGGGAAUAUUACAAGCGUAGUUUUCUACAUGUAAUAGAGGCAGUUUGUGAAGUUGCCUUUUUUCUGUUGGGAGAAAAAUCCAAAAAAAAGAUCAACUUUUAAAGAAAUACUAGAAAAGUAUAGGUUUCAGGUAAGACAGGGGUGUCAAACUCAAAGCCCACGGGCUGGAUCCGGCCUGCAGGGUGCUUAGGUCUGGCCCAAGGGGCCAUCAUGGGAACAACAAAGGACCAGCCCGUGGUGCAUCUGCCAGCAGAAACGGAGCUCGGGAGAGCUGUGUGCAACCCUCCUGAGCUCCGCUUUUGGCUUCGACAGCCUUCUGCAGCCCUCCAUUGAAAACGGAGCUCUGGAAGGCCGCACGCGGCAGAGUGCUGUAGGAGGAUCCCCUCCCUAUUCCCGCCCGGGCCACCACUUCUCAUGCCCCUAACACGAGUGACGUCGAGCUGGCCGUCCCCCCCGGUCCCCCCAAGGUCAAACAACUCUGAUGCGGCCCUCAAUGAAAUAGACUUUAACACUUCUGAGCUAAGACAUUUUUACAGAGAACUUGGAAAGACCAUAGUAAGUAGAUGGAGCUAUUUUGUAGUCAAGGUCUUUCAUUUUAUGUAAAAUAGCUUACUGGUUUCUGCAUGUAUUAGAUCUGUACUCUACAAUAGAUAGAUAGAUAGAUAGAUAGAUAGAUAGAUAGAUAGAUAGAUAGAUAGAUAGAUAGAUAGAUAGAUAGAUAGAUAGAUAGGUAGAUAGAUGAUAGAUAGAUAGAUAGAUAGAUAGAUAGAUAGAUAGAUAGAUAGAUAGAUAGAUAGAUAGAUAGAUAGAUAGAUAAAUAAAUAGAUAGAUGACUCAUUAACUGUAUGAACAAAUGUUAUCUUUGCAGUUUUGGUAAAUACUUGCACUAUUUCUGUCAAAUACUUGGGCCACAUGUUUAAUGCCUAUAUUUACAGUAUCUAUUUUGCCAUGUGAUUAUUAAUCUUCACUCUGCAUUGGAAAGUGUUGCACAAGUAGUUUACCCCUGUGACAAAUGUAAUGGCCUACCAGCAUUGAGGAUCCUGUUUGACAUUUAGUCCAUAAAUUCAGAGAGAUACAAUCACUUUCCCAAACCUGAUAUUUCCAAAAAAGUGCAAUUCCCAGAAUCCUCAGGAAACAUAAAAAUCAGGGACUUGUAUUCUCGAUAGAAUUGAAAGUUCUAGAUUAGUGAAACUAGACUAAUUCAUUGUGCUUUACAAACAAGGGUUUAAAUUUCAUCCUUCUCAACUAUAACUAGCUAGGUAACACUAAAAUUUAUUCGAGAGGUAGUGAACUGUAGUGAUUAAGAUGUUUGAUUACAACCAUGAAGAUCCAGGUUCAAAUGUGCCCACAGCCACAGAAGUUCUCUAAUUGAGUGGGCCAGUCAUUCUCUGUUAAUACAGUGUUCCCCACAGAGUUACUGGGAGGGGAAUGGAAGAGUAACUGGUAUCUACACUGCCUUGAUUUUGUGAGGAAAGGCAGGAUAUAAACCAGUAAUACUUGGAUCUAAACCCCAAUAGAUGUUAAACAUUGAGAUGACUUAUCAUUUUAUUAUAGGACAGCAUCAAGAUAAAGACUGCAAGAGGCAAAAAAAACCCAAGUAGUCCUCACGUAACAACUGCCCAGUUUAGCAACCAUUCAUAAGUUACAAUGGUGCUGGAAAAAUAACUUUAGAGCCAGUCCUCCCACUCUACAACCAUUGCGGCAUCCCUGUGGUCACAAGUUCAAGAUUCUUCACAACCCGCAGGUGUUUAUGACUGUCGCAGUGCCUGCAGUUAUGUGAUCAUCAUUUGCACACUUCACACAUGACUUCCAACAAGCAGAAUCAAUGGAGAUGCUGGCAGUUAAAUCAUAAGUGGCAAUCCACACAAUAUCUUGAGUAACAACCACAGGUGUUUCACUUAAUGAGGUCGCAAGGGUCACAAGAUAUAAGAGCCAUGGUGGUGCAGUGGUUAGAAUGCAGUACUGCAGGCUACUUCUGCUGACUGCCUACAAUUGGGCAGUUCAAUUCUCACCAGGCUCAAGGUUGACUCAGCCUUCCAUCCUUCUGAGGUGGGUAAAGUGAGGACCCAGAUUGUUGGGGGCAAUAGGCUGACUCUGUAAAUUGCUUAGAGAGGGCUAUAAAACACCGUAAAGCGGUAUAUAAGUUUAAGUUAUUGCUAUUAGUAUCUCACUUAAUGACCACAUCACUUUGCAACCGAGUUACCAGUUCCACUCAUUAAGCAAACACUACCUGUAAACUUAUCUGUAUCUCUACUCUUACCUCUUUUUUUUUUUUUUUUUGGUUAGCAAAAAGCAAACUGAAAAUCAUUAAUUAGAUAAGAGGCAUUUUAUAGAAUUACUUACAAAGUUAUAUUUAUAGAUUCUCUUGUCUCCUAUUCUCCUUGAAUAUCUUCUUGACCUUAGAAUUGGCUGCCAAUGUCUCAAAUCAGGUACAGAGUCACACUAUGCAUUGUGUAUUUGUUGUGAUUCAAUACAAUUUAACUUCCCUCUUUGAAUUGUUUUAGCACAUGGUUAGGUAAUAGAGACAACCUAGUUUCCUUUACAGUUGGAAAGACUAUGGCAACAAUUCAGUAAACAAAUUAUCCAUUAAACAACAGCUACAUAAAUCAGGAACACAACUUUUGAAAUUGUAUCCUUACAGCUUUCAAGUUAUUGCAAGCAAUAGCUUAAGAAUAAAAGUAUCUCCCAAUUACAUUGUAAUUUAGUUGACUGGGAGGGUAGCUUUUAAAAUUUGAUACACAAAAGAUAUGCUUGCUGGGGGGGGAAGAUUCAGAUCUCAUGACAGCAACACACCAGAUGCUCCAGCCUCAUAAAUUAGGAAAAGAUUAUGCAUAGCCAGCUGCACCAUAUAAAUGCCCGGUUUUUUUAUACCACACCAUGACUCUUUGUAUUUGUCAUAUGGUCUAGCAUCUGGUCAGCCUAGUCCACCUCCUAUAUAUCUGCUGGAGUCAGGCAUAUAUUUAUUUCGGUGUUAUUUAUGUUCAGAGUUUCUUCAUAUAUUGGAUUAUUGUUUUGGUCUUGAUGGUGAGGAGAAAACACACUUAACCAAAAUGGUCAAGAAAAUGAAAAAUCAACCAUAAAUUGAUGGUUGAUUAGGAGAAAAUACUGGACUAGGCAAAAGCAGUUUGCUCUGAUGAGUUUGGGGUUGUAUACCUAAUUACGCAAAUUUAUAAUUUGUAGUGGUUUUGUUUUGGAGGGAUUUUAGAUAAAGAGAGAGAGAGAGAGAUUGUUUUUCUUUGGGUGACUAAGUUUUCUUAAUACCGUAGAACAAUUUUUUAAUCUGCAGAAUUUAGGCAUUUUGUCUCCCCGUAGAUACAUUGUAGUCUGACUUUAUGGAGUUCAAAAUCUGUUUAUAAGUAUUAAAAAGAAAGUAAACACACUUUGAUUUUCAGAAUGGCUGCAAAGUGUCUAUUUAUAUUCUGUUUCCCAUUUGUAGCAAGGCAUUCAACAUAGGAACUAUUGUUUCUUACACUGAAUUGGUCUGGUGUGCCUUUAAUAACAUCACAAAGAUCAGGAUGUUUGGUGAAAAUUUGUAGCAAGUUCCUUAAUUGACUGAAGUUAAUUAAGAAGCCAUCCCAGUGACUAAAUAAAAUAGUAAGUUUGAGAAAAUCUCUCAGACAAUACCUUGAGUAUUCCAAAGCUUGCUUUCAAUACACAUUCACACACAAAAAUGUUUCACAGAGGACAUUGAUCCAGUCCUAGUUUAAACUGCUGCUUUUCAAACUUGUGAUGCUCCAAAUUUUCAUUUUGGGUGAACUAGUUGUUUUCUCACAUAUGUUUAACCAUGUUUAUGGCACUGUAGCAAAAGUAAUAAAAUUUUCAAUUCUUGUUUCUCUAUAGUCUUGAAUACAAUUUACCAUAUUUUUCAGACUAUAAGACACAUUCUUCUCCCCAAAAAAGUGGGUGGAAAUGUUGGUGUGUCUUAUAGACCAAAUAUAGGCCUGGUUUUGGACUCCCUAACCCCACCACCCCUGCGCGCCCAGUUUUCGCCAAAAACAGGACGUGCAAAGAGUUUUGGAGGCCUGCAGAAUGCUCCUGGGGCUGGGGAGGGCAAAAGUGGGAUGCGUGGGGGGGGGUUCUGGAGGCCAAAAAUGGGAUGCGCAGAGGGUUUGGGAGGCCUGUAGAGUGCUCCUGGGGGCCAGGGAGGGCAAAAACGGGACAUGCAAAGGCCAAAAACUUUCUUUGUUUUCCUCUUCGAAAUCUAGGUGUGUUUUAUAAUCUGAAAAAUACGAUAUGUGCUAUCUUUUCAACAGUUUUAUUAGCUGUGGAGUUUGGGACAUAAAAAAAUAGAACUCAUUUCCUAAUACUUUAUUAUCCCAAAUUCAUAUUUAAAACUUACUUUCAAAGACUGAAAAAAUGAAAACAGUUCUGGUGCCUUUCCAAUUUUCUACACUUUAAUAACCACAAACUUAGAAACACCAGUAUAUAUGAUCAUAGGAAAACAAGACUUUACAGGACUAGAAAAUUAAUUAUUGAUGCUGAAUAUUUUAGUCACAAGUUCCAAUUUGAUUUCAAGCUAACAUUUUUAGUAUAAAUUAAAGUGCAUAUAUCCAAUCAAAUACAUGUACUGUGUUUGAAGAUUGGAAUAUGUCUACAUUUUUUAAAAUCAAAGGAGCCUCUUACAUAAAAUAUUUCCAUCAAAUGCAGAAAACUCUUUCGGAUCCGUAUAGUCUGAGAACAGGGCUUCAGAUCCAAAUUUCAUGAGUAAAAGUGGAAUUGUUUUGGGUAUAUAAUUCCUUUUAAAUAGAAUGUUCGAAGUUGAAUUUCUGUAAUUCUGUAAUUAUGAUUAGAAAUUCAUAUAUAUAAGUAUGUAUAGUAUGUAGCAAGAUUUUGAUUUUGUGUAAUUCAGAUUCUUUUGUUAUGUUUUCAAUAUAGCUUGCUCAUUAUCUAAAUAAAUAUAUUUAAAUUAA